GUAGACUAAAUUCUGGCCUUAGCCCCUUAUCCUAAGAUGAACGUUCAUCUAAUCUUUUCUUUGUUUGGUCUUGGGUUUUUAAGAUAUUCUGUUUGAUUCAGUCUUGGAAAUAUACAAAUAUUUCUAACACUGCAAACCGGCAUUUCUCUUGUUUUUAGAGAGCUGAUAGCCUAGAACAGCCCUUGCAGCAAGCAGGCCAUCAAGCAAGUAUCCGCACGCGCUUAGCUGUCUCGAUCCUUUUGCCCUCGAACCCUGUCAGGCUAUAUGCGGCGUCAAUCAGGGUCAACCAGGCGUCUCGAAUGAGAAGCUCCGACCUCGACAAGAGUUCGUACGCCGAUUGGCUUUCGGCUGCCCCUUGGACAACGACAUACUACAUACAGCAGACCCUCUUCCACUGCAUUGUGGACCAUGUCACAUCUAUCGCUUCAGUGUAGCGAAAGUCCAUCAGACAGUCAAGCUCUAGAAGAUAGUCCGACAAUUGGUAGGGCCGUCGUGAAUUAUCCUCCUGCUGACACCAAUUUGUCUUCUUUCCCUCCUGUACCAUUGAACACCUCAAAACAACGAAAACCAAUUCCUAGCCCUUUACAAACGAGUACGGCCGUGUCUCCGCCUUCCAGCGCAAGCCCAUCCCAAGCGAAAUUCCCCGAACCCGUACAUGCCUCGUUCUCAGCCGCUUCGUUCACUCAGGUCCCAUCACGACAACCACUGCGACGCUCUCCUGUAGACGACAGGGCGAAUCAUUCCUAUCUUCCAGGGAACUCCUAUCGCAAAGGGGAUAUUUCUCCAGUUUCACCUUUAUCUUCUAACUACGGAGCGAGACUCUUAUUUUCUCCUUCGAAUGACACUAGAAGUGUUUCCGACUCAGCAGCAACUACAAGGUCGCCUGUAGGCUCUGCCGGUGCGAGUCUGCCCAACAUGGCUGGCAACCCGGCAUCCUCGAAGCCCGAUACUCCUCCUUCAGGCGCGCCUCGAACAUCAUCCAUCGAUUCCGCUAUAUCCGCCAUCUCGCGAACUCAUUCCCAUCAAGGCUCGCAAGAUGCUCAGUCUGGAACUGCAGAUAUUUCUAAUCUGGUUAAGGCAGCAGGUAGUCCAGAGGCUGUCAUACAAUAUCUUCUGAAAGAGAAGCAGUCCCAAUCUCAGCAGAAUUCCCAGUUAUGGAGACUGGUUGAUAAACAGAGGGCCAUGAUCUUGGGCCUAAAUAAGGAUCUCGAGCGCGCCUUGAAAGAUAAAGAGAAGUACAGGAAGAAAUUAAAAGAUGUAAUGGCUGCGCAUGAAGAGCAGAUUAAAGUCGACCUUGCACAGUCAAGUGCAUCGAGUAUUCCCAAGGUUAAUGUAAACGUACCCGAGGAACAGGAGGUUGAGGUACCAGCGUCGCCAUCAAAUCUCGAUUCGGACAGUGUCAAGCACUCGCCUAUCGAUGUUUCCAUGGCUCCCUAUCCCAUCACACCCCCGGCUGAUCAAAUUACCAAUGGGCUGCCGUCGGCGGUUGGUGAACUCUUAGAUCCAUCACAUGCGAUGCCAAAGGCGUCUGAGCAUGCGUUGGACCAUUUUGACCGUGAAGAGGAAGAUCGUGCUGCUGAGGAAGCUAAAAAGGCAUCUGAUGCGUCGAGGGACCCGGGACUACCGAUCAAUCUCUCGCUACCACCAUCUCGAAGCCUCCCAAGCGAACCACCACGGGUGCCACCUCCCAAACGACCCGCUGACCCACCACCAGCAGUGUCAGUAAUCGAAGCCACGCCUUUGGUUGAUCAAGGCAUCUCUCAAUUUCCACCACCAUCUGCUCCGCCGCCGCGCAAGCCGCCUCCCGCCCCAUUACAAUUAAAAAAGGAGUCGAAGGUCCCUGCUGUAACUCCCCCGAAAGACGAAGAGGAUUCCGACUCGGAUUAUGAUUCGUUGUUGGAGGUGGAUGAACUGCCGAUCAUUGAGAAACGUGGUCGGAGAAGAACGAGAGAGGAAGACGACCGAGAAAGAGAAAUUCUUGCUGAGAAGGAGGCCGAGGUUCGAAGUUUGUCCAAGAAGAGCAAAAAGGGAAGCCAAAAACCUACUGCCAAAGAACCCGAGCCUCAGUAUGGUAUUCCAGCGAGUCCCCGAAUGGCCGGCAUGCAACCUAUGCUAGCACCUGACAAUAUGCACGCCUCGCUGGCCGGUGUCCUGAGUGGCAACGAGAUCCGACAGACUAUGGUUCCCGCGUCUUUGAUGACCCCCGGACUUCCCGCCAGCCCGAGGCCAAUGCCUCCAAAAUCGCCUAUGAACUCGCCGCCGAUGUCUCCCCGUUCCCUGGGGAUUGGGUUGCCACUAUCGCCACGAGCUCCCAGACAGCCAAUCCCUAUGCCUCCUAACAUGUCUAGUCCGCCUGUUGCUCAACCUUCAAGUCAGUCGCAACCGAGUCCCCCCGCGAAUCGAGAUAGUCCUGUCGAAAAAGCGAAGAUCUAUAAAGGAUUUGUUACGGAGGAAUAUCCUGACCUUUUACUGCCGCCGAAUGCCUUACCGUCUAUCGAAGUCAGGGUUGCGUCAUCUCGAAUGAAGCCGUCGAGGGCAAGUCUCCUAUCACUGACCCAGUUGGAGGAAGAUCCUGUUUUUACUCUAGCAAUUUUCUCGCGAUCAGAACGAGUCGAGUUGUGGCGUGUGGAGAAAGAUACUACCUCCCUCUCUAAGCUUGAUCAAAAGAUGAAGCAAUGUUCGUCUUUCACUGCCAAGACGCCGGAUAGGUCUUUGUUCAGUGGACAUUCGCCCGCCAAACUUGAUGCCCGCCGUACUGUUCUAGACCAAUAUCUUGACGAGCUCCUCAAUAGUCCUCUAGACACCACGACUGCCUUGGAACUUUGCAAAUACCUGUCAACCAACACACUCCGACCUAGCAUCGAUGACUCUUCAUCGCCUCAAGACUCAAGUAACGAAGGCGCAACCCAAAAGAAAGGACCUGGAGGUAGGCCAUUCAAGAAUGGAUAUUUGACAAAAAGAGGCAAGAAUUUUGGUGGAUGGAAAGCUCGAUUCUUCGUUCUCGAUGGACCCCAUUUGAAGUACUAUGAGGCACCCGGUGGCGCACAUCUGGGGACCAUCAAGCUUCAGAAUGCGCAAAUCGGGAAGCAGUCACAGCCCCAAACUAAUGACGGAUCACCCGCAAGCGGCCCGAACGGAGACGAGUUGGAUAACCAGUACCGCCAUGCGUUUCUGGUCCUUGAACCGAAAAAGAAGGAUUCUAGUAGUCACGUGAAGCACGUUCUCUGUGCCGAAAGCGAUUUGGAACGUGACCAAUGGGUAGAGGCUCUACUUCGCUGGAUCGACUUUAAAGAUAAGGAUGAUGAGGAAGCGCAUUCAUCUGCUGGCCACGAUCGAAGCCACGGUGGAAGCAACACUCAUUCUAACGCAAACACGAAGAAAAAGGGACACGGGCACGUGAAGAAUCAAGGACAGAAAGGUGGUAGUCAAGAUGGUUUAAUCGGGAUGAGUUACAACUCAGCAAAACAGGGCGACAUUCCAGACGGCGCUCCUCCCCGACGCAAAACUGGCACACCUGAUCUUCAAGAUAGAACGCACGGCCCGACUUACAACAUCUCUGCCCCUAAAGAUCCGCAGUUGAUUCCCGAUUCAGCAUCGUGGGGUAAUAAGAUGGGUUUGGCCCCUCCUGGUCCUACAAUAGAAGAGAAGAAGCAGAGAAAGCGUAGUUUCUUUGGAUUUGGUCCGAAGACCCGAUCUUCUAGCGAUGAUCAGGACCCCCUAUAUGGUUCUAACGGUGGCGGUAUUCAGGGUUCAAAUGAACCUCGAGGACCUAUUCGACAAGUGUUUGGAGCGCCUCUCGCCGAAGCUGUGAGAUUCAAUGGGCCGUUUGAUGUUAACGUGCCUCUUCCCGCAGUGGUAUUUCGCUGUAUCCAAUAUCUCGAUGCGAAGAACGCGAUUUUGGAAGAAGGUAUCUUCCGACUUAGUGGUUCUAACGUGGUGAUCAAACAGCUUCGCGAGCGCUUCAAUACCGAAGGAGACGUUAAUCUCGUGACCGAUGAAACUUACUAUGAUAUCCACGCGGUUGCUUCCUUAUUGAAGCUCUACCUUCGAGAGCUUCCCACUACCAUUCUCACUAGAGAUCUCCACAUGAGUUUUGUCGCUGCAGCAGAGAUGGACAAUCAGCGGGAGAAGAUCGCAUCUUUGGCAGAACUCGUGCAGAAACUGCCGUUAGCCAAUGAGACGUUGCUAAAAUACCUCAUUGCUUUCCUCAUAAAGAUCAUCAACCACGCGAAUAUGAACAAGAUGACCGUGCGUAAUGUCGGUAUUGUCUUCUCGCCAACGCUGAACAUUCCGGCUCCGGUAUUCGCAUUGUUAUUGCAGAACUAUGAGGGUAUCUUCGGAUUAGACCCAGAGGAGUAUGAGCUCCCAUCUCCAGACACGGAUGCCGAUUCACGUCCACCACUGGAGGCUCAACCACGUCGACCAUCUACGGCAACAGAUUCGCCCCAAAGGCAACGGCUCAUGGAACAGAUGCAACAGCGGUCAUCGCCCACCCCACCGCCUGGUGUCACAGGCGGUCUACGUCCGACCGCAACACCUCCGCCUCGCCAGACUUCGUAUGAGCCGCAUUAUCUAGCUCAAGCGGGAUCGCAAUCUUCUCUUCGCCCAGCGUAUGAGGGUGGCUUUGCCGUACCACCAGGCUAUGAAUCAGGCGCGAGACAACCCAAUUAUGAUCGCCCACUUUACGGAAACGCAUACGAGCAGGAUUUUAACGAAAACAAUCUAUCUGCAUAUGAUCAAUCCUAUAAUAAGAACAAGAGAAGAGAGAGCUCAAUGUUUAUGGGAAACAUGAUGCUUAAUCAGCAGGGCUCCAAGAGCCGCUUAAGGGAAGAAACAAGAAUGUGAUCACGUCUAACGUUGUGAUUCGGCGCGACCU